AUGGUAAUGGUCUUAGCGCCCUCUCCCGUCUCGCCGCAGCCUGGCCACGCCUCGUUGGGCAGCACAUCGUCCGUCUCGUCGCACGACGGCAGCGAUGCCAGCGGUGGUGACAACACAGACGGCAAUCCUGUCCCUGCAGAGAACCGCACUGUCGUCACGCUGUUUGCACCGGACCUGGAAUACAUACUGCGCGCCCACAACUCAUUACGGGGCCUUUGCAAGAAUCCUGGCCGGCUGGAGCCGAAUUUUGCAAAGCGCCCGCUGCCGAAUCCACGCCCGAUUUGGUUGGCGGAACUCAGCGACGUCCCACUAACAGCCAGACUUCUGAUAUUGCCUCCGCUGAGCAACUACACGGAGGGAUAUUCUCUUCGGACGCUGCUGUGCGACCUCGGAAAGAGACGGCUUGGUAUCUUGGAUGCCCCAUCUGCAGACCUUGCCUGCAAGCUGUACCAGCCAGACAGGUUGUCAUUCACGGAGGAGGCGCUUGAAAACGUGGUGCUGACACCGGACAUGGUGGGUCUGGCAGCUCGAUUCACCGAAAACGACGCCAACAACAGCUUGAUUAAUAACAUGCAUGUUGCCGGCGGUGAUGACACAGGCGACGGCAAUGACGACGAAAACCAGGCCGUGCCAACCAACAAUUCGUCGUUGCAAUCGUUCUGGGAGUAUCCGCCGAACGGUGACCGAACGGCAGGCUUCCAACGCGUCAUUAGCAAUGGGGUCAUCUCGUACGGAAUAGGGGGGCUACAGGGCAUUGCAUUGGGACAUAUGCUCGGGCCGUCUGUGCGGCUGUGUCUCGACGGCAUGCCACUGGAGGGGAUGGCCCGGCGGCUGUCCCAGUUGGUGAGUGGUGGCGUGGACGCAGACCGUGAGCUUCGGGUAGCACUGGGCGGGCUUACUUCGAUCCGGCUGACAGUCGGAGGCCCGGGAAACGAAGUGGUGACGGCCGCAGACAUGGACGCACUGAAACGACUGCUGCUGCUGGCGUCACCAAACCUGGAGACUCUGAUUGUGCGGGCGACCGUGGAAGCGGAGCACGACGGAUACGCAGGUGCAGACAGAGGAGACAGAAGAGAAACAGGGGAAGCGGAACAGGGCCGCUUCUAUCUGCCGGCCUUUUCCUUCCUGCCUGGCGAGCGGCUCCCGCCACUGCGGUACCUACACCUGUGGCGCUACGACUGGCGGCGACACUCAUCGGCAGACGUGGCAGCCCACUGGGACUUCUCGCAGCUGCGCACACUUCUGUAUGACGGUGCGCCACUGCGCUGGUUUCUCGGCACGCUCUCGUUUGCAUGUCUGGCAGGCUUGCAGACGCUGCGACUGGACGAUGCCGAAUGGGCGCUGCAGCCAGGCCAAGGCAGACAGGCAGCGCUGCUCGUUGGCUACCUGCUACAGCACCACAUCAAGGAGCUGCGGCAGCUAGAGCUGGUGCGCUGCUACACGGACAACCUGCCGAUGGCGGCGCUGCGGCGACACGUCGGCACACUGGAGGCGCUCGUUCUGCGGCAUCCGUAUGGGGUUGGGGGAGGGAGCACGGGCGACGCUGCAGGAGCCGAGCUGUCGGACGCGGCGGCAGCCAACAUCACGCCGCUCAGUCUGCAUGCGCUAUUCGAAGAGGGCAGCAAUGAGGAGGUCGGCUCGGAUGGGAUGUACGUGGAGAUGACGGUGGAGACGCGUCGGGCGCUGCUGCUGAAGCGGCGGGGAAACCCAGUGUUUUCGCGGCUGAAGAGGCUCGAGAUCGACAUGGAUGAUCGCCAUGUGGCUGCUGGAACGACCGGGCAAGGCACCGGAAAUGCAGGUGGUCCGCCCGAGGGCAUCGAAGCAGAGACGCUUUCACGACUGGCACGACUGCCGCGACUGGAGUCGCUGACGCUGGCAAUGCCGUCAGCCCUGCGAGGGCUUCACUGUGUGCCCCGUUACGACGUGGAUCUGCACCAAACGCUGCAGCGACUGGUCUAUCUGCUGGGACAGCGCGAGGAGUUAAAGAGGAGGCAUAAUGUCGAGGCCGAAUGGCUACAGGACUACGAGAAGAGGUGCCAUGACGGCCGGCAACAACAACAACAGCAACAGCUGCCUGAGAUGGCUUCCCUCAACCGAAUUGCUGUGCACAUCGGUGGCUGGAUGCCACCGCGAGGAACUGGCAUCGACGAGACCGGCAUGACUGUCACGCACUGGUUUCCGCCGACGGCGGCAAGACCGGUAGAGCCAACGAUGCUGACGGCGGCGAACGGAGCGGGUGCGUGGGCAGCCCCGACGUUUCUGGCGCCGUCGCGCGAUGUCGACGUCAGUCCAGGCGUGGGAGCGGCACUGGCUCUGCGAGCGAUCGGACUGCGGUCACAGCGCUGUCUGGUGGCAGAGCGGAGCCUUGACGAGGACUGCGAGGAUUGCGAGGACGAGAAAGGCGACCAAGGGGAGAAAAGGGAAAAGGGAAAGGGAAAGGAAAAAGCCAGGGAUGGUCGGAGCAAUGCCGACGAGGGUGGUUCUGGCAGUGGCAGCGGAACUGCCAACACUAAAAUCGGCUCUCCUGCUCAUUACACGAUCAGCGAAGAGUACAGCGAUUUGGUCGAGUACGUCGAAGACCGGCCGAAAGAGCUAUCCUGGGUGCCGGGUCAGGCGCGCCAUGUUCGUGUGCGACAGCCGUAUGAGAUUCGGUUCGCGAGACCGAGGCAUUUGGCAGAAGGGCCAUUGUGGGAUGUCAACGGACUAGCCAUGUGGCCAUGA